UAGUGGUAGGAGCGAAAAAAGGAGUGGGGUCUGAGAAUUCUGAGCGGACCGGAGACUGGAGUUUUUCUCUUUGCCCACUCCUUGCGUAUUUGGUGUGACUCCCCCAACCAGGCAGGAUCUUCUUCCUCUGCCCUUUUCAGGAGCUAACAUGGUGAUGGAAGAGGUGCUGCUCAUGGAAAGCCGGGAGCUUCGGGGGCUGCUGGGGGACCCUCGCGAAGUGGACAGGACCCUGCUGCUGGACUGCCGGCCCUUCCUGGCCUUCUGUCAGAGUCACGUCCUGGAAGCCCGGCCUGUGCACUGGAACGCCUUGUUGCGCAGGAGGUCCCGGGGGGCUGCUGGUGUUCAUCUGGACUGGCUGAUUCCCGACCGGACCUUGCUGGGCCGGCUGAGCCAGGGGGAGCUGUCCCGAGUGGUGGUGCUGGAUGAAGCUAGUGGCUCUGUGGCAGAGCUCCGGGCCGACAGUCUACCUCGGAUGCUGCUCACUGCCUUGCUACAGGAGACUCGAGCUGGACCCACUGCUGUCUGCUUUCUCCAAGGGGGCUUCGAAGGCUUCCAGGCCAGUUUCCCAGAUCUAUGCUCAGAACCUCCUGCGCCAGCUUUACCGCCACCUGUGACUGAGCCAGAGAGCAGCCGGCCAGGCACUGGGGCCCCUUUGUACGACCAGGGUGGCCCCGUGGAGAUCUUGCCCUUCCUCUACUUGGGCAGUUGCAACCAUUCUUCAGACCUGGAGGGGCUUCAGGCUCUGGGCAUCACAGCUGUGCUCAAUGUUUCCGCCAGUUGUCCAAACCACUUUGAAGGCCUUUUCCGCUACAAAAGUAUCCCUGUAGAAGACAACCAGAUGGUUGAAAUCAGUGUCUGGUUCCAGGAGGCCAUUGGCUUCAUUGACUCAGUGAAGAAUUCUGGGGGAAGAGUCCUGGUACACUGCCAGGCAGGCAUCUCACGCUCAGCCACCAUCUGCCUAGCGUACCUGAUGCAGAGCCGAAGGGUGAAAUUGGAGGAAGCCUUUGACUUUGUCAAACAGCGUCGUGGGGUCAUUUCCCCCAAUUUUGGUUUCAUGGGACAGCUUCUGCAGUUUGAAACCCAAGUGCUUUGCCACUAGGAGGGUGGCACCAUUCCUGCCUCCCCUAACCCCUGUAACCCUCUAGGCUGCCAGAUCAAAUGUGGGAUCAGUCCUAUUGCUCUCUGUGAAAGGACUCUGCUCUGGCCCCUGCCAGUAAGGAUUUUCCAGUUCAUAGGAAAAAGCCUCACUUGAGUGGUGGAGAGCACUGCAAGCUGAGAGUACUGAUUCUCUCUCUCUUUGGGGGGUGGUUCCCCCUCCCCUCUUCUGGGUACUCUUUAUUUGAAAAGCUGCCUCCCCUAGCUGUGAAUAGUACCAGUGGGAGGGGAAAGAACAUGAAGAAAGACAACAUGCUGGGUGUCCUGAUUUGGUGCUCUUCUGCUCUGGGUGUGAGGUCAAACCCUCCCCAUUGAGGGAAUGGAGAUGAACAGAACACUAGAUCUCCAUUCCUCCUCUCCCCUCCUCAACAGGCAGAAAUUAAUUGGGCCCCCCACACAUAACCAUUUCUUCCUGCCUUCCUGGCCCCUGACCCUGGUUUUGGGGUCAAUUGCCAAAAAUUCUAAGUCUCUCUCCUUCCCCAAUUAGUUCCCCCCCAUUAUGAGACUCACUACUUUUCUCCAACUUGGGUCUCCCCCAAACCCAAGUCACUGAGGCAUUUAACUCUGUGCUGUGAAAACCUGGCUGCCCUGGGGGUAGGGGCUGGGUUAGGGGGAAGGGCCUCCCCAGGAUCAGAGGGCCUUGGGAAUGAACCCAGCUCAUGACAAUUACAGAGAAUCCUGGGAGUGCUGGAUGACUCAGUGGACUAAUAUGCUCCAUCACCAGCAUCUUUCUUAUGCAGGAAAGCAAUACAGCAUAUGUAUGUGUGUGUGUUGUACUGGAAAACUAUUUAUGUUCAACUGACAUUUACCACUCCCCCCUCUGCCACCUCCCCCACUUCCCCCCAAGCCCACAAACCCUGUGGGUGGGCUUGGAAAAUUAGCACUUUAUA